AUGUCCAAAUUUUCCUGUUCAGCUCUUUAUAUAAGUAAUGAAGGAGAACGCUAAGAAGUUGUGAUUACAACUCAAUCUGGUGAUUUACAUAUAGUGGUACUUAUGUUUAUAUAAUAAUUUAAGUCAAAAGUAGGAAAUGAGUAGAUGGUUUAUUUACCUUCCAAUUCCAUGGACACAAUUCUUAGCUUUGCAAGAGAAAUUGAUGAAGGUAAAUUUAAUGUUUAUAGUAUUUAGUUUAACAGAUUGGCACUUUAGAUCUUCAUAAUCCAGAGUCACAAAUUAAGGUCUCUUUCCUUCUUAAUUUGAAAGAUAUUGAAUAAUUAUAGCUUCUAAUGAGAGGGAGACAAGUUUGUUUGGAUACUUCUAACUAUAUUGUUUUAGGAAAAUUAGCUUCUGGAAUACGUAAAUUAAGAUACUUAAUAUUAGAACUUAUAUCAACUCAUAACAGAAUCUCAGUUCAAAAAAAAGCAACUCUUACAUUGAAAGAUCCAAUUUCUAACAGCCGAUUGGUAUUUUAUAAUAUAAAAAUUAAAGGGACAAUUAAGGUAGGAGGCAAAGAUGUUACGACUGUUAAAAGAUUACCGUCAUAAAAAUAUAAUUUUAUUGGAGGAAAUCAUAACAGAUUGUAGAUCAGUAUCAAUUAUUUUGGAAUAUUGUUAAGGAGGAGACCUCUUAUAGCUUCUCUAACAGAAAAGUAUUUAAAUAGAUGUUCCUAGGUUAAUGUUAAAUCUACUUUCUGGUAAAACAACAUAUUUAAUUGUAUUUAGGUUUAAAACAUCUCCAUGAUUUAGAAAUAGUUCAUANUUAUAACUAUAUUUAUUAUUUAUUUUGUUAAAAUUUUAUUUAACCAGAUUAGAUUUUGUAAAGUUAAAUUUUGGAUAAUAAUGAUUAUAAGAUUUUUAUUAAUUUUUUUAAAACAAGCCAUUAAAAUUUGGGAGAUUAAAUAAAACCAUAAAAAAACUCCCAAAUAAAAUUUAUUAAAAAAUGA